AUGAUGGAAGGUUUCAGGGGAAUUUUGCAUAGCAAUUCCUUCGACCGCCAGUCCUCGCUGGGCGGUUCGCUGCAACACUCGGGACGUAGUGACUCUCAGGCAGAUUCGAGGAUGUUGCGCAAACAGGGUUCGUCUUCGAACAAUCUAGUGCAGCGAUACGAUCUGAGCUCGCUUACCAAGGAUCAACUGCUAGUGCUCAUGUGCUUCUCCAACGCUAUCAUGUCACAAAACCUCCCGGUCAAGUGUAUACUCAUGACCCUUAAGGCACUGAAGACAAACUUAGGCGCCGAACUCGUGGAAAUGUGCUACCCCGACAAGGACUCGGGCGAAUGGGUGCAUCAUAGCGUCGGCAAGGACGGGGUGCUGCACAAAAAAAACAUACCAACACCAGAUGCCGGGGCGUACCACCACGCCUUCGUUAGCGGGACUCACAUCCGCAUUGACAGCUGCGCUGACAACCCCAUAUACGACAAGCAAUUGGAUCAACACACCGACAUCGAACUGAAGAACUUGCUCGUGUGCCCGCUGGUCGACUCCAGAAAAUUAGUAUGGGGAGUGACGGGAAUCGCAAACUGCCCCAAAAUUGGAUUGGGCGGUAUCAACUAUCACAUGCAAUACAGCGUAUCUACACCCGUUUCCGAGCUCGUUGGCGGUGCGAGACAAGCCUCAGAGUCCAACGCUGCAACCUCAGCAGCGUCCACGAAUUCACUCAGUACCCAGAACUCACUCUCCGCGUCAAAUAGCGCAUCUAACGAUGGUGCGUGCGUUUUUUCCGACGCUUCCGCAAUCUCCAGGGAAGAGCAAGGGGAUCACGUGGGUGUAGACGGCCCACAGAGCAGCAAAACGGUAAAUGGCAUCGAUGAGCUGUGGGAUGACAGCGCGAUCACGUUCGCUCUGCAGGUAUGUGACAUCGGCGGGCAGUGCAUAUCCAACGCCAUCGGGUGGAGGCAGUUGGACGCCACGCGGGAUAAGGCCAACGGGCUUCUGACUCUCAUGCACUCGCUGUUUGCGGACAGGUUGGGCAUACAGUCGUGCGUAGUGGCGCUGACCACGCACGCGAGGAAACUGAUACAAGCGGAGCGCUGCACGGUCUACAUUGUCGACAGGGCGCACGAGCAGCUGUGGUCGAUUUCAUCCGAUGAUGGAUCCCAGGUGAUCAUCCCACUUGGCCGGGGCUGCGCAAGCGACUGUGUGGCAACUGGAGACGUUAUCGUCAUCGAAAACGCGUUUGAGGACGAGCGGUUCGAGCCUCAGUUUGACUCGCGCGACGGAGUGGAGAUCAGGAACGUCGCGUGGGUGCCGAUCAAGAACGGCGACUGCAACCGCGUGCUAGCAGUGAUAGAGGUCAUCAACAAGCAGGCCGAUGAGCUCCUGCAUUUCGGAGAGGACGACCUCCGGCUGCUAGAAAUUUUUUCAGCAAUCGUUGGGCCACAGCUAGAAAAGUCCGACUUCGCCAUAUCGGUUUCGAGACCCGUAGAAACCGAGGCGGGGCUUGCAUUCAAAACGCAUCCGCAGACCAUGAUGUCUGCGUCGCGUCAUCACAUAGCAGAGCCCUGCAUUCCUGAAACCGAGGAAGAGUAA